UGGCCAAUCAGAUGACAAAUCUGACAAUUUGCUUUUUUAGUCAAUGUUCAAAACAAUUUUUUUUGACCAGUCUUGUGUUGUAAGACUGUUAAUUAAAACAUAUCUUGUAAAUGUUCCGUUCAUUAUUUUGCAAAUUUAGCGAGAAGAAUACUCUAGGUCAACUGUUCAGAUCUACGCAAAGAAUGUAUAGUCAAACGGCCACCGAAUUAAACAAACUACCGGAUCACGAAGUUAGAUCGUGGCUGGAUUCAUACGACACGGUCCUAACUGACUGCGAUGGAGUCUUAUGGAUGUACAACAACGCUAUCGACGGCAGUCCAGACGUGAUAAAUAGGUUCAAAGAAAUGGGGAAGAAAGUCUUCUUUGUGACAAACAAUUCCACAAAGACACGAUCUGAAUUUUUGGAGAAGGCGAUCUCGUUAAACUUCCACAUGAUUGAGGAAGAAAUUGUUAGUACGGCGUAUGCAGCAGCUAAAUAUCUGAAAAAUCGAAAUUUCCAAAAGAAAGUUUACGUCGUUGGUUCUUCAGGCAUUGGUAAAGAACUGGACAAUGUUGGUAUACGUCAUGAAGGUGUUGGCCCCGACAUAUUACAGGGCAGUUUUCAAGAUUUAGUACACAAUCAAUUCGUACCGAAUGACGAGAUUGGCGCUGUUAUCGUUGGAUUCGAUGAACAUUUCAGCUUUCCCAAACUGUUCAAAGCGGCAUCGUAUCUGGACAAUCCGGAUUGUAUGUUCAUCGCAACGAAUACGGACGAACGAUUUCCCAUUGCCGGUAAAGUCGUACCCGGUACGGGUAGUUUUGUUCGAUGCGUGGAAACGGCAGCCGAACGGAAGGCCGAAGUUAUGGGCAAACCGAAUCCGUUGAUAUGCGAGGGAUUAUUUUCGGAUUUUAAAAUUGAUCCGAAGCGUACGUUGAUGAUUGGAGAUCGUGCCAAUACGGAUAUUGAGCUGGGUACAAACUGUGGCUUUCAGACGCUUCUGGUCGGAACGGGAAUACAUAAUUUGAAUGAUGUGGACAUGUGGAAGAAAUCGGUUGAUCCGAAUGACAAGAAAUUGAUACCGGACGUUUUUCUGCCGUCAUUGGGUGAUCUGUUAAAGUAUAUGACAUGAAGGUAGAUUAGUGAAUAGAAAAUUGUUUCAAUUCGAUACGGAAUUGAAUAAAUAAACGAAUUUAUUUAUGA